UUUAUAUUAUGUGUGUUUAUAUAUUUAGUUUUUUAUUUAAACAGAAUGCUUUAAUUAUAUCGUAAUGAAACAUUCCGUUAAUUAUACUGAAUCUGAAUAUUCAGUGAAUUGUUAUUUAUUUAUUUAUUUAUUUAUUUAUUUUUUACACUUUUGAGACAACUCUUAAAAACCCCACAUGAAGCAUUCAUUUAAUGAUUAAUUUAAUCUAGACUUUUAUCUGCUGUAACGUUAUCCAGCUCGCACUGAGAGAGGAGACAACACGGCAAAUAAACAAGACCCAUCCCAAAUGGAUAUCUGUUAAACGCUUAGUGCACUAUAUGGGGUGUGUAAUCCAGUGCGCUCGUGCCCUGUGUAGUGCACAGCAAUAGUGAGGGUGGCGACAUUUGAGAUCCGGCCCCCGACGUGUUGAAGGAACUGUGUCCAAACAAACUGGCUAAGCUCAGGCUUAGCUGCAGAUAAAAGUUAAAAUAUGUGACUCGUCAUAUUUUCGUUAUUAGAGACACAAAACAAAACAACAACAACAACAACAAAAAUAUCCUAUAAUGGAUAUGUUUAAUAAACUGACGACUCUUUUCCAGCAGGCCCUGGAAACAAGAGAGCCUUCAGAAAAUCUGCUCGACUCUUUCGUCGAUCACUGGAAAGGAAUAACCAACUACUACAUUGAAACUACAGAUGAGGCGCAGCCGGUGAAGCAAACGGACAUCCCGUGGAGACUGAAGCAGAUGCUGGACAUCCUGGUGUAUGAGGAGAGAGAGCAGGACGUGGAGGAGACAGGGCCAUGCAUGGAGUACCUGCUCCAACACAAACUGCUGGAGACACUGUGCACGCUGGGAAAGGCACAGUAUCCUCCUGGAAUGAGCCAGCAGGUCCUGCUGUUUUUCUCCAAACUCCUGGCACAGAUCCAGAAGCCCAUGCUGCAUAUGAUUAACGUGUAUCGACCUGUACAGAAGCUGAUCCGUCUAUGUGGGCUCCCUGACUCGCAAACAGAGAAGGAGGAAUCGCUGUUUCUUUUUACCAUUUGUUCUCGUGUGAAGAAAGACCCGUACGUCCUCAACUACAUCCUGGAGACGAAUAAAGAAGGCCAGCCUCAGAGAUGUAGCUCCGUGUCAGGGGAAGGUGUAGAAGGAGCCGGUGGAGGAUCCAGUCCAGAGGACUCGGCUUCCCCUUCCACGCAGAGCUCGAACCAGCCAGACACGGGUUUUAUCCGGAUCCUCGUGCAGCUUGGGAAAAGCCAGAAAAGCCGCGUUGCCUUGCGGGCGAUGGAGAGCAUGCUAAUCCUGACCAGCGUUCCUCAGGUGGACACGUCCAAGCUUCUGGCAGAGGAAACUCCGCUGUGUGACCUUCUAGCAGAGAGAGCGUGCGAGCUCUACGGCGCCAUCCCCGUCACACUCCAUCCCGAAGACAUACACAGCUACACCGUCAAACAGUGGAGGAUUCGGUUCUCCCCGGUCAGCGCGGAGGAAACCCAGACGUUUCCGGCGCAGGAGCACGUGGACAAGUUCUUCUGCUGGCUCGACUACUGUGACCAGCUCAUUAAAGACGCGCCAGAGGUGCUCGCCGUCAAACUCGCCAGAGCUCUUCACCAGCAGUGGCUUACUGGAAUCGUUCAGCCCCAGCUGCUACAGAUGUCCGAGGUUGGCGUUCUGGUCCACACGGCUCUCCUGUCACGCUGCGUCCAUCACAUACGGUCCGCCGUCCUUCUGCACGAGCUGGCGCACUUCCUGCUAGGCGGCGACACGCACCGGGAGCAGCCGACCGCCACGCCCCCGCACUCACACGUGCUACGCUACCAUCUCAUCAAGCACUGCGACCACAUCUCAGACGAGAUUAGCGUCGCAACAUUACGGCUCUUCGAGGAACUCCUGAAGAAGCCCGACAAGCUCAUCCUGACCAACCUGGUGCUGCGGAACCUCGAGACUCGCUCCUAUAGGAUGCCGGGUUCAGGGGGCGUCGACGAGAGAUCAGGAGCUGAUCCUGAGUUCCUGGAAGAGUCAGAGGAGAUGGAGGAAGAUCCUUUCUUCACAGACAGCGAGUUCAGCGGCUCGGAGCGUUUGCUGUCCAUAUCCCGGGAAGACAGGAAGUCCAGCGCGCGCCCACAGAUAGCUGAAACCGUUAACAGUUUUCUCUGUUUAGUUCCCCAAGAGGCAAAAACGUCCCAGCAUGCACAAGGAGCGGGAUAUGACACGUACGUCCACGAUGCUCUAACAUCGCUGAAAGAGUGUUCGGCUGUGUCUGCGGACUGGGGUUGGCCGGACGCCCCGAAACCCAUCGGAGUCCACUCCGACAGCGCAGACUUCUACGAAGGACAUUUCCUCAAAGUGCUGUUGGACAGGAUAGCACGCAUACUGGAGCAGCCAUACGAGCUGAACCUUCAGGUGACGUCGGUGCUGUCUCGACUGGCCGCGUUUCCCCACCCUCAUCUUCACGAGUACCUGCUGGACCCCUACGUUAGCCUGAGCCCCGGCACUCGCUCGCUCUUCUCUACGCUCGUCCGAGUGAUCGGCGAGCUGAUGCAGAGGAUCCAGCACAUCCCAGACUUCACCCAGAGACUCGUCACAGUCAGGAAACAGCUCACGGGCCACGAGGAGGAGACUGUAGUGGAUCACGGUAUCCUGUUGAAGGGCGUGAUCGUACUGGAGGAGUUCUGUAAGGAGCUGGCAGCCAUCGCCUUCGUCAAACUUCCCAUGGGCGAUCAGGAGCAUCUCUCGGCCCCUUAAAUAAACACAGGGCCGAAACUUCAGGUGCUUCAGAGGAACGCAGGACUGUCAACGCAGGGUACAAUACACUGUGGUAUGGGUCACUACCGCUAAGGGGCGGUACCGUUGCCUCGUUGAUGGUCACACGUGGUUGGACUUGACUGCUUUUCUCCAGCCUUUUUGAAGACUACGAGACACGCAGUGCCUUUAAAACAGUCAGGAAUUGACUGGAUGAACGAUGAUGACGAAUGACUUUCAGCUUCUAUAGUAGGUAAAAUAUUUAAAGUGAUCCAGGCGAGUUCUUCGUCUCAGUCACUACACUAACGCUAAAACUGAGAAAAAUGGCUCCGAAUAUUAUUGUCAUAUCUGUCCAAAAGUGAUGAAGAUGCAGUGGCCUUAUUUAGUAUUAAUAAUGUGUAUUUUUAUACACAGAAAUCAUGACAAAACUAUUAUUUUUAGAUAUUUGGUUUUUUUAACCAAAAUUGUAGUUAUUCUAAUUUGAUAAAAUCCAUUAAUGCACAUUUUUCCAUAGAAAGUUAAGCGGCAUAGUCAAGAUAAUCCUCGCUGCUGAAUCAAACGUCCAGGAGGUUGAAAUGGACCUGAUGCAACUCCUCCUAUAAACCUAACCCUAAGCCGUGGGACAACACAAAACAACACACACACUUAUCGAGCCUGAAACACUGAGUUCCGACAACUAUUGGACUUUUGGUUCGAGUCUGGACAGGUAUUAAGAGCUGGAUUAGGUCUAACUCCACCCCCUGGACUUUUUAUUCGAGUCUGCACAGGUAGGAGGAGCUGGAUCGAUCUAACUCCACCCCCUGGACUUUUGAUUCGAGUCUGCACAAGUAGGAGGAGCUGGAUCGAUCUAACUCCACCCCCUGGACUUUUGAUUCGAGUCUGCACAGGUAGAAGGAGCUGGAUCGAUCUAACUCCACCCCCUGGACUUUUGAUUCGAGUCUGCACAGGUAUUAAGAGCUGGAUCGAUCUAACUCCACCCCUGGACUUUUGGUUCGAGUCUGCACAGGUAGAAGGAGCUAGAUCAGGACUAACUCCACCCCCUGGACUUUUGAUUCGAGUCUGCACAAGUAGGAGGAGCUGGAUCGAUCUAACUCCACCCCCUGGACUUUUGAUUCGAGUCUGCACAGGUAGAAGGAGCUAGAUCAGGUCUAUGUCCACCCCCUGGACUUUUGAUUCGAGUCUGCACAGGUAGAAGGAGCUAGAUCAGGUCUAUGUCCACCCCCUGGACUUUUGUUUCUGCAGCAAGGGGUACUUGACGUACUUAGCUGGAACAGAGCAAUAAUCUAGUGUUGUAGAGAAGAUCACCGUUAUCUGCACACGUCAUGAAAUAGAUAAUGCACACGCUUAAUCAGCUGCCCAUAAACGCUGCCUUAUCUAGGCAGCCUAAUCAAAAAAGGGUACAGAGUAGGCACGGGUAGCGACCGUAUCGAAUUGAAGCGUUCAUGCUAAAAAAUUUUGCACAUUUUAUAUUAAGUUAUAUCGUAUAACUGAUUAUCAGUUAGUUAGUGAGCUACAUUUGAGGUAAGGGGGAAACAUAACACCAAGAACAAAAAAAAAAAAGUCUAGAGUUUGGAGAAUCCUGAGCCAUAUCACAUCUCACCUUCGUGUCAUCGAGUUUCCCAUAGCGACAGCAGAAUUAUCGGCUUUAAUGCGUGUUUAAUGUUUAAGUAUCAUGAUCAUAUCACAGAGAA